AUGUGUGACGCGGAAGAGUGUAACGACGUGCGAGAUGAUGGUCAUUUGGCCCACGACCCAGCCGAUGGAGGAACCAGUGAAACUUCAAACGCCUACGAAGACGCCAUGGAAAAUGGAGACGCCCCAGACGGAGAUAGCGCUCAGGGGGGUCUGAAUGGUAGGCUGGAACCUGAUCCGGAGGGUGUCUCGCAUGACCCCUCGCGGCAUCACCCUUAUGACGCAGCUCAUCUGUCGCGAACCACCCCGCGACACCGAUUCGGGAAAAACGUCCCCAGCGCGGACGACGCGGAGAAGUGCCACAAAGGCAAACCCGCCGGCCAGAUGGUGCCCCAGCGGAAGGAAGAAGACCCCCCCGCCAAAGAUGAAUCAGAAAAGGAGCAAAUCCCAUCGGAACUGGAGUGCGCCAUAUGCAUGAAGCUCCUAAUCAUACCAGUGACCAUCCCAUGCGGACACAACUUCUGUCGAGACUGCCUGGAGAAAGCCAAGGAAUACAAAAAUACAUGUCCCUUAUGUAGGUCAAAUAUGGGGGACAAAAAAAACAUUAACAUUCUGUUGGCCGAUCUGAUAAAGGAAAAGUACCCAUUGACAUAUGCCAAGAGAGUGGAAGAAAUGGAGAUGAUAAAAAGAGAAAAAGAGAAAAAAAUACUAAAGGAAAGAUUCGAUGCGAUUAAAAACUCGUCAGUCAUUCCUCUGUUUAAAGUUCCCCUAGUGUUUGGUCCGUAUUUCCCAGGAGAGGUCUUCGACCUAAACAUAUAUAAUGAGAAAUUUAUUGACCUAAUUGAGCUCAUAUCAAGUGAACGCACCUUUGCCAUCACGUCCAGUAAAGACAAAUCAGAUAAUGGAGACGAGAAGAUGUAUGGAAUCCACGUCAAGAUAUUGCAGCAAAAUAAGAUCAACCAAGUCUUCUGUAUCAAAUGCGUUGCAAACUUUCGAGUCAUCCUUUAUAACAUUAUACACUUCCAUCAGUAUGAGAAUUAUAUAGCUAGUCAUUCUCCCCUCUUUGACGAAUCGAUUUCUUUGAAUCUGUUUGAGUAUAAUUUGUUGAGAGGAUAUAAUGGAUCUAAGGGGCCCGGCCAGGGUUCUUUCUCUCCGAAACCUUCUCCUGCUUCCUCUCCCGGUUCUUCUCCCGAUUCUUCUCCUGCUUCGUCUCCUGCUUCGUCUCCUGCUUCGUCUCCUGCUUCGUCUCCUGCUUCUUCCCCCUGUGGCAAUUGCGAGCAUUGCGACCAGUGCUGCAAUAGGUUGAAGUGUAACCGACACUGCACCAAGGAGGGUUCCUGCUCCUUACCGCAAGAGCAGGGGGGAAAUUCCCCCAAAGGAGGCACCUGCAAGUGCGCCACGUCCGCCUCGUUUGCCACGUCUUCCUCGUCUCCCCUGAGGAGGAACGUAGAAUGUACCAACCAAAGCACAAUCGAUUUGGGAAAGAAAAAAGUCGAAGACCUGAAGAAACUGCUAAACACAAUUGAGUUAGAAGAUGAUAUAAACGCCAUUUCGUCUUACUACGACAGGUAUAGAAGUAUCAUGAGCAAUUCUACAGACACGAACGAUUACCAUGUGUAUAACGCGGUGAAUUACUACUCGUGUGUCAUUUUUUCAAGGAUCUGUCUCCUCUGCAUAAGGUACCAGCUGAACCGUUUUGGCAAUGCAGGAAUACGUUUGUUUAAUAGCAAGUUUCGAAACGUCAAGCUUACCUCCUCCGAACCGUCAAAUGAGGAGCUGGAAAACCUCUCCUACUGUCUUAGCAGCGUUAUUAUCACUAGAUCCAUUCUCAAGUGGAGAUGGUUUAAGACGACCAACACUACGGAGCGCCUUGAGAGCAUAACUCAAUAUUUUCUAAAAAAGAAGAAUAAGAGCAUCUUGGCACUAGACAAUUCGAGAUCCCCGAUUAUUCACCGCCUCUUCAUGCUGGACUCCAUUUCGUCGUCUCUUCUCAUUUUGGUAUUCAUUUCGGUAAUCAUAUUUGUGAAGUACUUCCUCUACUGA